AUGUCAAACACCGAACAUCAACAACCAACAACAACAACAACAACAACAACAACAACAACAUCACCACCAACAAGCAUCAUCGAGUCUAGGGAUGGAGAUACCACCAAGCACAACGAACAACACAUCCCACUCUCACCAUCAGAACCACACCCACAACAAUCACCCAUCAAACCAACCUCAUCAUCAUCAUCAGCAGCAGUAGUAGAACAACAACAACAGCAACAACUCACAACAACAACAACAACAGAACAACAACAAGAACAGAAUGGAUUCAAGAUCAACACCACCCAAUUAACCCAACUGAUCGACCCCAAAUCCAUCAAGAGCUUGUCCGACUUAGGCGGCCCUCAACAGCUCAGCAUCCUACUUCAAACCGACUUGGAUCGUGGACUGAACAAUCUGCAAGAAACUCUGCCGAAUAGGACUGCCCAAUUCGGCACCAACAUCCUGCCCGAGAAACCGACGAAAACGAUCUUCCAACUGAUCUGGUUAGCCCUCCAGGAUAAAGUCUUGAUCAUCCUCAUCAUCGCUGCCGUCAUCUCCCUCGCCUUGGGCCUCUAUACUACCCUAGGUACCCCUCCCAAAUCUUAUACUGACUCUAAUGGAAAUCUCGUCACCGAACCUCAGGUGGAUUGGGUCGAAGGUGUAGCUAUUCUUGUAGCCGUGGCCAUUGUGACACUAGUAGGCUCCGUCAAUGACUACCAAAAGGAGCUCCAAUUCAAGAAGCUGAAUGCGCAGAAGGAGGACCGAUCGAUCAAAGUGAUCCGACAAGGACAAGAGCAGAUCCUGCAAAUCGGGGAGAUCCUAGUGGGCGAUUUGCUGCUGGUGAAUGCGGGCGAUUUGCUGCCGGCGGACGGGAUUUUCCUGGACGGAUACGAGGUGAAAUGCGACGAGAGUAGUGUGACGGGCGAAAGCGACUUGAUCAAGAAGGUUAACUACAAUCAAGCACUCCAAUUGGCACUCCAAAAAUCAGGGAAACCUUCUUCCGAGACGCUGAAGGAGGAGGUCCAGUUGGGCAAAACCGAUUGCUUCAUGAUCAGUGGCUCCAAAGUCGUCGAAGGAUACGGUCGCUAUUUGGUCACCGCUGUCGGGCCGAACUCAUUCUACGGAAAGAUCAUGAUCUCACUUCAAGGUGAUACCGAAAGCACACCCCUUCAAACCAAAUUGAAUUCGCUAGCAGAAUUGAUUGCCAAGUUGGGCGCUACGGCCGGAUUGAUCUUGUUCACUGCCUUGAUGAUUCGGUUCUUUGUUCAGCUCAAAACCAAGGCUGAUCGGAGUCCAAGUGAUAAAGCCCAAUCGUUCAUUCAAGUCUUGAUUAUCUCUGUUACCGUUGUCGUCGUGGCUGUUCCCGAAGGACUUCCUCUCGCGGUUACACUUGCUCUUGCGUUUGCCACGCGUCGAAUGACACAAAUGAAUCUUCUCGUUCGAGUAUUGAGUUCCUGUGAGAUCAUGGCCAAUGCGACUGUUGUCUGUACGGACAAGACUGGAACACUAACUCAGAACAAGAUGACCAUCGUUGCUGGUUCGAUCGGCGUUCAUUGUAAAUUUGCCGCGGAUCUAGAGCAAAACGAACGACGGGUGAACAUCAGCAUCACUGACGAUACCGACUCUCCCUCGACUCAUAGCGCCACUCAAACUGCUCACCACAAUUUACGUCUAGAUUUCUCGGUCGACCAAGCUAGAAUCCAACAACAUCUGACCCCGGGCUUGAUCCAACUAUUCAAUGAAUCGAUUGCGAUUAACUCGACUGCCUUUGAGGCCAAAACUGGCGGCGGUCAGCUGGAGUUCAUCGGCUCAAAGACUGAGACGGCUCUGUUGAGUUUUGCCAAGGAGCAAGGAUGGCCUGAUUAUCACCAAGUCCGACAAGGCGCGGACAUCGUGCAAAUGAUCCCCUUCAGCUCUCAGCGGAAGGCGAUGGGCGUCGUUGUCCGACUUCCGGGGAGCGGCCGCUAUCGUCUGUUCCUCAAGGGUGCCUCUGAGGUCUUGACCAAGCUCACGAGUCACUACGUAUGUGUCCGCGGUCCAUCUUCUGAAGGCCAGCCGAUCAAUCCAGAGCUGGAGGAUGUCUCCUCGGCUCCCUUCGAUCUCGACACUCGGGAGAACGUGAGUCGGACGAUCAUGUUCUAUGCCAAUCAAUCGCUCCGGACGAUUGCCCUAUGUUACCGGGACUUCGAGUCGUGGCCUCCCACCUUACUCGCCCCUGGUAAGGAUCGCAAAGAUCCUAAUACCCCAGCCGGUGAAGUCUCACUCGACGACCUUGUCGAUGGCCUCGGCUUGACUCUCCUUGCUGUCGUCGCCAUCGAGGAUCCUCUCAGACCGGGUGUCACUGAAGCAGUGGCUAAUUGCGCUAGAGCUGGGGUGGCCGUUAAGAUGGUCACCGGUGAUAAUAUCAUCACUGCAAAAUCGAUUGCUCUGCAAUGUGGAAUCUAUACUCCAGGUGGUAUCAUCAUGGAGGGGCCGAUCUUUCGCCAACUCUCGAAGCAAGAGAUGCUAGAAGUAGUUCCCCGUCUACAGGUACUUGCGCGAUCCUCACCGGAAGACAAGAAACGACUAGUGGACUACCUGAAGUUCAUUGGGGAAACCUGUGCGGUGACGGGAGACGGGACGAACGAUGGACCGGCUCUGAAAGCGGCCCAUGUGGGGUUCAGUAUGGGGAUCAGUGGGACUGAGGUGGCCAAGGAAGCAUCAGAUAUCAUCCUCAUGGACGAUAACUUUUCUAGCAUCGUCUCAGCAAUAAUGUGGGGUCGUUGUGUCAAUGACUCGGUCAAGAAAUUCUUGCAAUUUCAAUUGUCCGUCAAUAUCACCGCCGUCUUGAUCACUUUUAUCACUAGUAUUGCCUCGGAUAGUGAAAGCUCCAUUCUUACUGCUGUCCAACUGCUAUGGGUCAACUUGAUUAUGGAUACGUUUGCAGCAUUGGCGUUAGCAACGGACCCAGCCACGCGAGAAUCAUUAGGCCGAAAGCCGGACCACAAGGGGGCCAACCUGAUCAGCUUGGACAUGUGGAAGAUGAUCAUCGGGCAAUCGAUAUACCAACUGAUUGUGAUCCUGAUCCUGAACUUCUCGGGAAAGAAGAUCCUGAAUCGCGACAAUCCGCCCGAUGAAGCGACGCGGAUCGAGUUCGACGAUCUGCACAAAACACUGGUCUUUAAUGCCUUCGUGUUUUGCCAAAUCUUCAACCAAUUUAACGCCCGAGUCUUGGAUCGCUCCUUCAAUAUCUUCCGAGGCAUCCUCAAGAACUACUAUUUCAUGGUGAUCUUCUUGAUCAUGUUAGGCGGUCAAAUCUUGAUUGUAGAGGUCGGAGGGGCGGCAUUCCAAGUGACGAAGAUCGGGAUCGAGGACUGGUUGAUCUCGGUGAUCAUCGGAUUACUCUCCUUGCCCUUGGCGGCUCUGAUCAAACUUAUCCCCACCGAACCCAUUGGCAGAGUCGUGUAUAAGUGGGGAUGGCUUAGAGACCCGUCGAAAUUGGAGCUCGAGAUCGUCGACCUCGGGAACGAGUAUGACGACGAUGUGCGCAUCGAUGACGAGGCUGCAGAGCAUCUGUCUAGUAAAUGGAACCCCGCUAUCGAUCGCGUUCGCGAUAAUCUCGCCCUCUUCAGUCAAAUUAGAGGUGGUCGGAUGAGGUCCUCUAGCUUCGUUAAACGCUCUCGAAAGUUCUUGUUGAGAGAAAAGGAUAUCCAUACAGGAGCAUUAAUGACGAUGGUGCCUACGUUGGUGGUGACAUCGAUCGGGGCUGGAUGGCAGCCGCAAAAGCAGAACGAGCAAGGCGUCUCGAAUUUGGCGGAUCCUGCGUCGACUAAUCCGACGGCUUCUACCACUCGACUUUGGUGUGACCAGGUCGAAGUUCAUCCGGACACCGAUGUCGAUGAUCCUGUGUAUGUGAAAAUGGGCGCCAAUCGGGCUAAGAAGGGCUCGCUUCCCCCCUCCCCUAGUUCUCCUUCUUCGCCCCGACAGAUCCGGUACGAGGCCGACGAAACCCUUAAAUCUCCCUAGUCUUCUCUCUCUCUCUUUCUCUCUCUCGUUACUCUCUCUGAUUCCCCCAUCUCUCUCCGCUCCCGCUCUCUUUCGCUCUUCGCAAUCAAUUCCAUCCCUCCUCGUCGUUUUUUUUUGGGGGGGGGGGGUCCUCCCCCUGAUGUUCCCCGAUCUCUCUCUCUCUGCUCUAUGACCUCCACAUCAACUCUUCGGUUUUACGUAUCAUACUCAUUUGUUUUGGUCAAGAUACACGCUACACACGAGACUCUCUCUUUUUCUUCUCAAAAACACACAAAAUCCACUCCAAUCACUCCGUCGUUUUUUUUCCCGGUGGAGAUCUUGAUGCUUACACACGAUUCAUGAUCUAGUUCGUUUUUUUUGUUUUUGCUUUUUGUGGAAAUCGCUGGACGCCAUCGAAGAGAGAGAGACUUGUGGUGUCUUCCUCUUCUGUUGUUGUUGUUUUUUU